UUUUAAAGCACUUGUAGAGAACAGGCUACAAAUUUUUAGGUAGUGUGUAGAAUAUGAAAGUCAAUUGUCGCAGCCGCAAAAGUUGGAGACAGGUCUGCGUAAGACCAAAGGAACAACAACUGCUGCAAACCCAACUCCUAACUAUUCAAGACUAUGGCUACCCUUGGUUGAUGUUUCCUAUGUUUUUUUGUACAAAUAAUUAUCUGAAGUCUGAGAUAGUCAGAGCUUCACACUUCCACGAGAGGGAAUAUCGGUUUUCUACCAGAGCACCAUGGAAGUAUUCUUUUCAGCCGGCUUUUGUAGGCACACAUGAUCUGGUUGAGCAUAGGAAACUCCAUUUCCAGGCAAGAGGUUUUAAGUAUCAAAAGAUGUCAUCUCCAGUCAUGGGAAAAACAGAAAACAAUGUGGCUGUCAAAGAUUAUUCGCAGGAACUACCUCUUUCAAAUUGUUAUGAAACUGCCAUGGAAGCACUUUCCUCUCUCAUUACCCGUCAAAAACGUGGAACCCCCUCAUCUAUCAUUCCCAAAUAUGGAAAAUUGGACAGGAUGCAGAUGUAUCUUAAGAUACUAGACUUGGAAGAGCAUAUAGCUGAGCUCAAGAUUAUCCAUGUUGCUGGAACAAAAGGGAAGGGUUCAACGUGCUCAUUCUGUGAAGCUAUUUUACGAGAAUGUGGCUUUCGAACAGGACUGUUUACUUCCCCUCACCUAAUUGAUGUGAGAGAAAGAUUCCGUAUAGAUGGAUUGGACAUAUCUGAAGAUAAAUUUUUAUUGUAUUUUUGGGAUUGUUGGAAUCGAUUGAAGGAACAAGUAACCGAGGACCUGCCAAUGCCCCCACUAUUUCAAUUCCUCACAGUCUUGGCAUUCAAAAUAUUUGUCUGUGAACAGGUAGAUGUUGCCAUAAUUGAAGUUGGUCUUGGAGGAACAAAUGAUUCAACGAAUGUGAUUAAAGAGCCUGUUGUCUGUGGCAUUACACCUUUGGGGAUGGAUCACACAGAGGUUCUUGGGGAUACACUUGGACAGAUUGCUUCACACAAAGCUGGAAUUUUCAAGGUAUACUAUAGAACUCAUCCCCAAAUUCCUGCAUUUACGGUACACCAACUUUCUGAAGCAAUGGAUGUUCUUCAUGAGAAGGCCAAUGAAUUAGCGGUGCCCCUGAAAGUGGUGGAACCUCUUGAUGAAAGAAAGUUGGAGGGAUUGAAGCUUAGCUUGUCUGGUGAUCAUCAAUACACUAAUGCUGGUCUCGCUGUUUCCCUAUGUAAAUGUUGGCUUCAAAGAACAAGAAACUGGGAAAAGAUAUUCCAAAAUGAUAAUGAGGAAGCUAAUAUGCCAAAGGCAUUUCUUAGGGGUCUUGCAACAGCACGUCUUUCUGGGAGGGCUCAAGUUGUUUAUGAUUCUUCUUCAAAUUGCCACAGUUCCUUAGAACUAGCAGAAAAUUCUUCUGGAGAUCUGAUUUUCUACUUGGAUGGAGCUCACAGUCCAGAAAGUAUUGAGGUUUGUGCCAAAUGGUUCUCUAGUGCUGUUCAAGAAAGCAAGCAAUUACCAAAAUUGUUAUCAUCUUUUCAUGAUGUUGAAAUUACAAAGGAAGUUUGGGCCAAUGGUUACAUCCAAAGUGAAAGGGGCAGCACUGCAGAGUCUAACAAAAUAUCAAAGAAGAUUCUUUUAUUCAAUUGCAUGGAGGUCAGAGAUCCCCAAAUUUUACUUCCACGGCUUGUGAGUACAUGUGCUUCCUCAGGUACCUACUUCUCAAAGGCCAUAUUUGUGCCGAGCAUGUCAACAUACAACAAGGUUACUUCUGGCAACUCCGCCAUUCCUUCAGGUAUCUCUAAUAGGGAUUUGUCUUGGCAAUUCAGCCUGCAGAGGCUUUGGGAGAAGAUUAUCCAUGGCAUAGAAGGAGACGUGCUUGACAAAGGCUCCAAGUUGGACAGUGCAGAGACCUUACCCCCACAUGAAUUCCUUUAUGAGGAUGCUUCUCAUUGCAGUCCUGCAGAUGGAAUUUUGGCUUGCAGUUCUGUCAUUUCUUCAUUGCCACUGACAAUAAAAUGGUUGAGGGAUUGUGUUCGAGAAAACCCUACUCUAAGAGUUCAGGUGCUUGUCACUGGAUCAUUACAUCUGGUUGGAGAUGUACUGAAGCUAUUAAAGAGAUGAAUCAGAUGAUUUUGAUUAAAAGGCUGUCCAAACUUAGGAUUGUCCUUGCGUUCUUUCACACUGAUUUUAGCCGUUGUUUUUAAAGUAGCCAAGGUAUAUCAUGUAAGUUGAUGGUUGGCUAAACAAAUAAUAGACAUUGUUCAAGCGCCAAUCAUGGUGAUUUAUUACUAUCCUUUUUUUGUUCAAGUUACAUGUAUUCUAAUUAUUUGAAGGAGCAACCUUUGUUUAAAAAUUUA